AAGUUGUUUUAGUUUUCCAGAAAUAUGCGAAGAUUGAUAUGUGACCAAACGAUCUUCGGAUAUAAGAUCUUUGAUGAUGUUUUUGGCCUCUUUGUGUGUAAUAUGUGUGGACCUAGAAGUAUUUGAAUUAAUUUUGGUCUUACCCAUAACUGCUUCUUUUUUUAUGUGGACUAUUACAGUUUUCGCCAAAAGGAAUUCCCAACAAUUUUAUCUCUCUCUUGUCUUUAAAUGGAAAGACUUUGCUCACGCUUGGUUUACUUUCUUCCAAGGGACUAAGGUCACUGGUUUCUUGCCGUGAUCAUUUUAUAUGUCUACUCGCUACCGAAAUACUACAGAAGAAAAUAAUUUUGUAAUAAUCGUUCGGUCCAUGUAACAAGUAACAUGAUUUUUGCUUGCAAUAAUUUUUUACGAAGACAUAUUCGAUAUUUCCUCACAUGAUUGGCGUUAGUCAACUGGGUCGGAAACAUAUUUUUUUGAAUUUCUUGUGAAAGAAACUCGAGUCCGGCUGCUUGUUAUGUCCACACAUUUCAACUUUGCAACGUACUCCGUUUUCCUGGAGUUACUCCAUUCAGUCGGCGGACGCCUAUUGAAUAACGUGUUUCGUUAUUUGAAUUAAUCGGCAAUCACGAUCCAUUAUUUACUUCGUGCCUUUGCAAUUUCACGUUUAUUAUGCCUUUUCGGCGUCGUCGUAGCGAAACUGUAUAAAUAAUUCGGACGCGGUUCAGUACAAGUCUAGAAGUGGAACAAUGAAGCAUUUCAUUGUGUUCUUAAUUUUUAUCGGUUCUGCAUUUGGAAGCGACUACUUUUACAAGUUCCCCAGUUUCAUCUACUCCAUGAUGGAAUCUAUGAAAGAGGAGAUUGUUGGUGGUCACAAGGUGGAUGUCAAGAGGCACCCUUACAUUGUCCAAGUGUUAUUUAAAAACAGACAAAACUGUGGGGGUUCAAUUAUUUCUCCGAAUUGGGUUGUAACAGCAGCCCAUUGCACAGAGUUCUACAAUGUUAACGAUCUGGCCAUUCGUGCCGGUACUUCCAAAACGAACUCUGGAGGAGUUGUUAUCAAAGUUGCCGAUGUUGCCAUCCAUCCCAAGUUCAAUUAUUCCACCCUCGAUUACGACAUAUCCCUUCUCAAUUUAACCACCCCUCUCAAAUUUGGAUCUAAAAUACGAGCUGUUAAUUUACCGAAAGCGAAACAAAAGAUCGAACCUGGUGCCAAUGCCACGGUGGCUGGAUAUGGAUUGCUGUCACAAGGGGGUGUAUAUUCAGAUCAUUUACAAGCAGUUACCGUUCCCAUUGUCAGUAUGGAGAGUUGUAGGAAAUCUUACGGGACUGGAAAUAUUACGGAUCGGAUGUUAUGUGCCGGCUUGCCUGAAGGUGGAAAAGAUUCUUGUCAGGCUGAUUCUGGUGGUCCAUUGGUUAUAAACAACCAACUCCAUGGUAUAGUUUCUUGGGGCAAUGGUUGUGCAAAGCCAAACCUACCGGGAGUUUAUGCCAACGUUGUUGAAUUAAGAGAUUACAUAAAAGAAGUCACGGGGUUGUAAUGAAGCACAUCUAAUAAUACUUAAUAUCAAUAAUGUACGAACUGAAUUACAUUUUCUUUGUUGUUUUCAUUUUACCUUUAAGUGU